AUGUAAUUUUAAAAUUGUUUUUUUUUUUUGAUAAAAAUGGUAAAAUAUUUAUAAAUAUAAUUUACGGAUUUGUUACACUUAUACAAGUCACAUUCAACUGGUGUAUAAUAAAUAAAAUCAAAUAAUAAUAGUCAAUAUAAAGCAUGAGUUUUCAAAGCUGGUUAAUACAGCGUGAAAAUGGUCUUUUAAGAAGUCUUGGAGAUCAAGAUUUUAUUCUGCCUCGAUUGUACAAGUCUAUGCGACCUUUAUACAUUUGGAACGAUAAAGGAACCGGGGGCGCUAGAACGUCAGGUCGUACCAAUGUUGGUGGUGUAUUCAAUUUGGAGUUUUCUCCGGAAGGAAAUGUGUUACUUGGUGCCUGUGAGAAGAAAGCGAUCGCAAUAUUUGAUGUAAUCAGAAGGCAAAUAGUUAAGAGAGUUAUGAACGCGCAUACUUCAAGUGUGAAUUGCAUUAAAUUUCUUAAUGACAAGCAUUUUGCAACCUGUUCCGAUGAUAAUACUGUCGCCCUAUGGGAUUUAAGGUACUUAAAAGCUAAAAUGAGAAGCCUUCAGGGGCACUCGAACUGGGUGAAAAGCAUAGAGUACUCAAAGAAAGAUAAUUUACUGGUAACUUCGUCAUUUGAUGGUUGUAUAUUUACAUGGGACAUUAAUUCAUAUACCGAACAAGGUCUGAUAUACCAAAAGGUUUUUCAUGCAAACGGAUUAAUGCGUACCCGAUUAACACCUGAUUGUUCUAAGCUUAUAAUGUCCACGUCGGGUGGAUAUUUAAUUGUCAUACAUGAUUUGGACUUAACAACAUUACACAAAGAUUUGUGCGGCUUCCGGCCUGUUGUAUACAGAUUAAUGCAGAUGGGCAAGCAGUUCAUACCUCAAGCAGCUAAGUUUGAGCAUGUCUUUUCGAAAAACCAGAAAAAGAACAGAGUGGAAUUUGUUUCGGAUUUUCCAACUGAUAAUGAUGCUGAAGUUAUACUAGCCUUAGAGAUACAUCCAAAGGGAUAUUGCUACGUAAGCCGAAAUAUAAGUUAUGAUGGGAAAACUGAAUGGUUGACAGUGCAUGAUCUGGAAGAGGAAGCAGAAGAUAUUACUGAAUGUGGAAAGAAACACUGUGAAGACGUUAGUAGACGGAAACGUAAACGUAAAGCUGAUACUGACAAAGAGGAAACAGAUCGGCCAGGUAAUUCAAAUAGUACACCGGCGAACUCGCGACAACCUCAACCUGCAAAUCUGGUUUCAAAUGAACCUACGAGCAGUACUUCAUCUGCUGCACGUACUAGAAAUACUACGGUGCCAACGUUUGUUCCCGAUGUAUGGGCCGCUGAGGUAACUGUGCAUGACCGAUAUCUGCGACUGCCCCACGAACCGGAUCAGUCAUUGAUAAAUGCAUAUAAUUUCGUAUACGCGAUUAGCAGUGGAGUACUGCCUACAUUAAACCACAAUAACGGUAGUCAUGAUGAAAGUAGUUCCUCCAGCGAUGAAUCAAUUUUCAAUUUAGCCGCAACUCCAGAAGAACGAGCUAGACAAAUUAGUGAGCUUAAAUCAAAGUUCUCCAAAAAGUAUCCCGAUCGUAAAAUGUAUCAUAACCCAAAAAAACUGACUUACUACACAAAAGAGUUAAACAAGGAAAAAGGAUUUAUAAAAGAACCAUGUUUUUCAUCUGAUGGUCGUAUUAUUUGCUCUCCAUAUGGAAAUGGAGUACGUUUCCUUGGAUUCUCCAACGAAUGCUCGGUUUAUCCAUAUCGCCGCAAUCACACGCUCAGUCAAUCAGAUAGAAAUGCUCAACCACUCUCCGAGAUUCUUAAAAUAACAGCUCAUUCGGAUGUAGUUUUAAGUACGAAAUUCAGUCCUCGUGAACCAUUGUUGGUCACAGGUUGUCGCAGUGGUAAAGUGGUUUGGUACCAGCCAAAACUAUGAAGAUUGUCUGUAGUAUGUAAAAUGAUGUAUGCGUAUGUAACAAAUUGAAAAUAGAUGGUUAUUAACAAAUAUA